CUGCCGGCCUGCAGCGGCCGCCGCCUCCCCGGCCCCGCCGCCUCCCCAGCCACUUGCCCCCGCGUCGGUCCCCCAUUCCGGGUCUUCCCCGAAUCCCCCACCGAGCCUUUGCUUCCUUCCUCUCCCUGGCCUUCCCUGUGUCCUGCACUGAACCUCUUGUUCCCCCCAGCCCCCAUUUCUGGGUAUUUCCGCAAGUCUCUCACCGAGUUUGCUGCUCCCUCUGUGGGCCUUUCCCGUGACCCGCACUGUGCCCCUUGCUCCCCCUCCCCAGGCGCUUCCUCCGGCCUGCGCUGAGCCUGCUGGGCAUCCACCGCAGCCCCCCAAUAUCAGGCUGCUCCCCUCUCAGCCCCCAUCUCUGGCCGUUGACACUGCAGGGUGGGGGUAUGCUGCUAGAAGUUUGAGGGAUUUGCUUUCCUUGGACCUUGUGGCAUUCCCAAAACAAUUUUUAGCACUGAUUCCUGUAUUCCUACUUGCCACCAUGCAAUGUAUUUUUUGUAGCAGUCCAGUGCUCUGAGCUGACGGGUGAACUCUGCCAUCUCCUCCCGUAUCUGCAGGGAGGCGGUCAGCUCGCACCAGGUCUCUCAACUGCUAUUUUUCUGGACGUGGGAGGGAGGUGGAGAAUUCUGCCUCAGUCCUCACUGAGUGUCCAGGAGAGCAGCUAACCAGAGGGCCUGGGAGCCCUUGUGAGGUCUGAUAACUGCCAGGCAUUUAUCGUGAGAAAAAUCAUCAUUCUAGCAGUUUAAGAACUGUUUAUGUUUUGUGCAAAAUCAUAGUUACUGUAAGUCAUUUUUAUGUUUGUUGCAUUCUCUUUUAAUGAGACUGAAAUUUACUACAGAUAGUGUUGCUUUUUUCCAGGCAGCUUCCCAGGAAGCAGCAAGAGGCAGUCCAUAUGUCUGCGAUACCCAAGAUAGCACUUGUUUUAACUCUAUUUGGUUAUUUAUGCCUUGUUUUAAAGGUCUCAAGUUCCUUCUUUUCAAUGCCAGGACAGAAAUGGAAGCUAUUAAUUAAUCCUGUAGGCUCAUUCUCCCUCUGCUCAAGCAUGUCAUUUUAGUGGUUUAAAACAAGAUCAGUGCUAUGUCUGCCUUUCUAACAUGCUGGUGUGCUCAGUUCACAGGUUAGUUACCUACAUCUUUGUCUAUGAAGACCUGAUAUCCUUGACCUGUGGUGCUAUUAUCAUUUGGUAUUUUGCUGGCAGCUUUGAGAAGAACGUUGGCACUGUGAAGCACUGCUUCCUCACCAUGGUGUUUGCUGUCCUCUCCGCCCUCAUGUACCUCUUACUUGAGACUGUUGUCUCAUGGGUGACAGAGGUGGAAGAUGCCAAAGGGUUCAUGCCAGUAGCUUUUGCUACGCUGGGUGUAUCUACCACCCGCUCGCGAAUGAAGAGGACUCUGCUUUUUGGCGUUAGAGUUCCAGUGGUGCUGGUGCCGUGGUUUAUGCUCUGCAUAGCAUGGUUUAUCCCCCACUCUUCUCUCUUGAGUAACCUGUGUGGGCUCCUAGCUGGGGAAGCCUAUGGUCUUGGCUACUGUUUCUGCUUGGAUUUUCCAGAGUCAGUGGGCUCUAAGCUGGACCAGGUGUUCCCUUUCAGCCUGCUAAGGAGGAUACCAGGGCUGAAAUAUAUCCCAGGGUCCUUAGCAGAGAGAAGAGCCUUUGAAAGCAGCAAGAUUAACCCAACACCAGGCACCUACCCCACCCAAAACUACUCCUGCUCUUCGCUUCCAGCUCUCCCUGCUUUCCAGCUGCAGCACCCCAGUGCUCAGAGCCGGGGGUUUCAGCACCCCUGCGCUCCGGAACCCGGCUGUGCCCUGGGACACGAGGGAUCUUGGCACGGCCAUGCUGCAGGACACAGCCUCACUUCUUCCCCCUGCCAGGCCAGAGAUGCCUUUGGAGGGUGUUACAUGCAGGUCCACGCUGGAGCCUUGCCAGGACAGUGCUACCAGGGCAAGUUCUCCUCCCUACAGCAUGUGUGCCCGACUGAUCCACAGACACCUGCAGGUGAGGGCCCCCUGGCUGGGGCUCAGCAAGCAUCAGGGUAUCCAGCAGCCACAGUGACUUCUGUUUCAGCUGAAUUUUCCGGAGUCCAGGUGUACUGAUCCUCCAGAAAAGAGCAGGACUCUCGUACUGUGGCAGGACCAUCGUGUGAUGCUCAUGCAGCAGUGCACUGCUGGCAUCUUUGCUGUCUGGGGUGACCGAUUAGUGGAAUGGGUUGGUAGCUCCUCUGUAGGCCGUUCGCCUGCUCCCUGGCACCCUUUAUAUUCUACUUUUUAAACUUUUUUUAAAUUGCUGGAGGAUGGGAACUGUAUACUUCUGGAGUCUGUUUUCAUUGCUGUAUGUAGCAGCUGACUUUUUUCAAACUGCCACUAGAGGUACAGUGCGUCAGCCCUCGACUCAGGCUAGGAACCUAAUUGUCAAAACACUGGACUAAUCUGGGGUUUAACUAGGUUGCAGCAAUAAGGACAUGUCUCAUCUAUACUGAGGCUCUUGGACUCCUCUUGUUUACAAGUUUGAUGUAGCUAGGACCCAAGAGGUUGAAAUAAUGGAGGCCUUUGCUUAUAACUUAAUAUUUGAGUGGACGAGGACAGAUGUCUGUUCUACUAGAGACUUCUCCACUAAGAGAAAGCCUUGAAGGGGGCUUGUUAAACCAGGGCUGGGGCAAGAGGGCAGAAUACAGAACACCCUUUUCUGCCCCCAAAACACAGCUCUAAAAUGCACAGAAGCCAAAACGUCUUGCUAACAAUUUUUUUUCCUCUUCAUCAUGCUUUUCAUCUUGCUAAAUAUUUUUUUUUACUAAGAAUAGAUCCGGGGCACACUCACCUUUGUGAAACUAUUCGUGUGUGUGCCCAGCACUGCAAUAAAGAAUGCCUUGCUUUUUAAAACUCCAGAGUGAGUCUUAGAGAGUUCCUCUGCCAGCUUUUACAGUAACAUGCUGAAGGUCCUUCUUAGCUGCGGUCUAUGCGUGCAGCAACACGUUGCCUUCAUUUUCUGAUAGCCUUGCACUAGCUCAACCUGUGUUGCCAGAACUUGUCUGUUAGGUACCCUCACAUGCAUGUAAAGCAGUAGUAGACUCUUCCAUAAGGGAUUUGGGCCAUUUGUGGAGCAAAUGUGUAUCAAUCCAUGGAGCUGGGAGGGACCUUAACAGUGGGUUAGAAGAAUUGACUGGAAUGUAGCAAUGUUGAGGGUGUUCACACUGCUCAGCCUCAGAUGUCUCACCCACCAGUAUUAGCACAAUCUCUCUCUGUUUUCUUCAGAGCUGGUGGAAAGGCAUGUGGGAGAGGGGAGGUUUCAGCAAGGGAUUCAGAGCAGGAUGCGGUGUUUGUGCCUGUGGCUGUAAUGAAGGAAUCAGGUCGAGUUGGUGGGACUUGAGCUUUGUUUCCAGCUGUGUAGCUGCUUUACUGUGCCAUGCCCAGGAGGAAUCUGCUGUCUCUGUGUCUGCAAAUCAGCCAGGAUCUCAGCUAUUGCCCUUGACUCUUUGCUUAGAAUUUUGUUGUGCUCAAAAAAAAAAAGUGCUACACGAAGCACAGAGUGCCAUCACUGCUCUUGUUCUUGCAGUACCCUGUCCCGCAGAAACUGUGAUAGCCUUGGGCUCUUCCAUGCUCUUAGUGAGCCAGGGUCACGGGCAGCAUUGGCAGCUGCAUGCUCCAGAGCAUGUACGUGCCUCUUUCUUUUUUUCCUCUCUUCUGUGUCUGAAGGAGCCUCGAGUUGCCGGACAGCUGCUUCUCCAGCAGCUCUUCUGGGCUGACCACCACAGUUACGUGUGGCCUCGCAGGGGCUUGCUUUGGGGGAACACCAGAGUGCUGAGGACUUAAACCUCAGCUGCACGUUAGUAAGAAGCUCUGCUGGCAAAGGCAGGCACCCCUGGGUGGGGGCUUUCUGCAGGAGGAUGCAGCAGAUUGGGAAUCAGCCCGGAGCUGGUGAUUGUUUCACUCCUCUAUGGGAUCACAAAUGCACUUGCCUUCAUGGGCCUGUUUUUCCUGAACUACUGACAGCAGUUGCAUUGUUAGAUGCUUAGUGUGGAGCAAGAACAGGGUAAGGUGCUUGUUUGGAACUUAAAAUCAUGUUUUUAAUACUGGGAAAGAUAUGCUAGAGAAAACAUUGACAUGUUGAUACUGUACUCUCAUUAGUGCCUUGAUUUUCUUCAGUUGUGGUUUAUAACCCCAGACAGCAACUAAGCACCACACAGCUGCUUGCUCACUCCUCUUCCCUCCCAGUGAGA